AUUGAAAAAAAAUAUUUUAAAAAAUAUAUAAAAUAAAUAUAAAAUAAAAAAAUUAAUAUUCCUAAAACCUGAUUCAAAAAAACUCCAAAAAAUAAAAAAAAAAUUACAACUCUUCGCCCCUAAACUGUGCUUUUGAGCUUCCGUAGUGAAAAGUUUGCAAAAACUCACACCCAAUUUCAAAAUACACACAUUGAAAAUUCGCCAAAAAUCUCCGAAAAUUCUGCUAUAAAACUUCAAAACUUCAGAAAUACUUUAAACAUUUGCAGCGCUCCCAAGAAACUAAGCAAAAUACAACUCUAUUUCAGUUAGAAAAUUUACCUUUGCCCAACCGAGUGAGAAAAAAGCUAAUAAACUUUCUACAGCGCAUUCUUCUUCUUCUUGUUGCUGUUAUUAUAUGCGAAACACGCGCGCAUCAAAGUUGAAAAGUGCAAUUUAAGUUUAAGCAGCGAAACUUUUGCGCCCACCCACGCAAGUUUUUUUAUUUAAACUAAACUAUAACUAAAUUACACGCCACACGUGUGUUUGCGCUAGUAUUGGUGUGCUCACGCAUACAUACUCGUACAUAUAUUAUACAUACGUGUGUUGCACUCACCUGCGCUGGCUGACGCUUUCGCUGCGCUGCGCUGCUCGCCUAUUUUGUGGAUAAUUAAACGCGUAAUUGUGCGGCACAAAAACUUUCAUUGUUGUCGUUGUUGUUGUUGUGUUUUAUAAAAGGACGUGAUUUUUCUACGCCGUUGACGGACUGAGUGUGUGAGCAGCAAAGAGUUGCGGAAUUGAGAAAUACACAAGUGAAGGAAAACUUUUUGUUAACUGCGAGACUCGGCUGUUUGUGGAGUGUGUGCGUGUGCGUUUAGUAAAUAAAAUUGCUGAAGUUGCGAAAAAAAGCUAACUUCGUUCGAACUUUAAUAAAAAUAUAUUAAAAAUUAUAAUAACAGUUAUAUAACUGUAGCUUCUGUGGAAAACGGAAAAUAUAAUUGAAGGUAAAAAAAUAUACUAUAAUUGCCUCCUCAGCAUUGCAGCGCAUUUUCUCGUGUUGACUUCAGCUUUCUUUUUCAAAGCACGCUAGGACGGGUUUCCAAGUAGGAAACCCGCCAUAUAAUUGUCGUCAAAAUUUUUACAGACGGAAAUAAGCUUGGUCCUGCUGCCGCGGGAAGAGGCAUGUUCUGCUAUCAGUGUCCGCCGUCGCUGCAUCCAUGUGGACCGCAUCCAUCACGGUUGCCAACACUGGAGUAUCCGUUCGCAGCAACGCAUCCAUAUGCAAGUUACUCGUAUCAUCCUUCCAUACAUGAUGAGACAUUCGUGCGACGUAAGCAACGACGUAAUCGCACCACAUUCACAUUGCAACAGUUGGAAGAGUUGGAAACUGCCUUUGCGCAGACCCACUAUCCGGAUGUGUUCACACGUGAGGACCUGGCGAUGAAAAUAAAUCUGACGGAAGCGCGCGUUCAGGUUUGGUUUCAGAAUCGACGCGCAAAAUGGCGUAAAGCCGAACGCCUUAAGGAUGAGCAACGCAAGCGCGAGAAUGGCGAGAGUAGCGGUUCGCUGGACAAGUUGCACGACAGUCGCGAGUCCUCGCCUGACAUUACUGGCGAAAUCGACGAUGAUGAACCAUCGUUGCGUCGCUCGCACAGUCCCGGUCCGCCAUCGGCCAGUCCGCAUGCCAUUGACUCAGACAAUGAACGUCCGCUCUCGUCGACACAGCUUACCACACAAUCGGCUUCGCAAUCGGUCGGUUCGAUAAGCGCUGGUUCGCCUUCGCCCAGUGCGCGCGCCACGCCUCAACAUUGCCCCAAUAGUCCGACUUCGAAUUCCCGUCAUACCGAUUCGCCCAUCGAAGUUGGCGGUCCGAUUUCGUUGACCUCGCGUACAUCGUCCGGCACUACGCCCACAUCGGCGCUACACAGCACGCCCACUACUUUUGGUAGUCACAUUUUCGGGAAUUUCGGUGGUGAUAGCAAUUGCGGCUUUCGUCCGGUGCUCAACGACAACUCCGGCAGCGUGGUCGCUUCUGGUGCUGGCGCACAACGCAGCACCACCACCGCGCAUCCACCACUCUUUCUGCCGCCGCAUUUGGCCUCGCUGAGCUCACAGUUUACACAUCAACCACUCUUUCCCGGACUAAAAGGCGUCUCACCGUUUCCGGGUCUGUGCUCGUGCUGCUCGCUGAAACCGCCACCACCACCUAGCGCCUCGUCGAUAGCUGCUGCAGCCGCCGCAGCUGCUGCUGCCUCUACCAGCUCCGCGUCCGGUGUGCCAAUUUCUUCUGCUGCGCCCUCCGCCAGCAGCUCACCCGACUCGCCAACCCACGUCACCUCGGUCCUAAGCCAGUCGGCGCAUAACAAUCACGAUGCACGUUCCAGCUCUGUAGCCGAAUUGCGUCGCAAGGCACAAGAACACUCUGCCGCGCUGUUGCAAUCACUACACGCCGCCGCCGCAGCUGGCUUGGCAUUUCCGGGUCUACACUUGCCACCGCUCUCGUUCCAUCAUCAUUCCGCCGCUGCGUUGAGCAAUGCGCACGCUGCCGCAGCCGCCGCUGUCGCAAAUAAUAACAACAAUCACAAUAAUAACAAUAACAAUAAUAAUGGUGUGCGGCUGAAAAGCGAGUCGGCUCAGGAUAUGACGGCGAGCACCAUGAAUGGCCUAUCGGCUGCAGCGGCAGCGGCGGCGGCGGCUGCCAACAAUCAUCACAGCAUUGCAAGCUUAACGCUGCUCGAUGCGCAGAACGCGGCGUAUCAUCAUCACCAGCAGCAGCAGCAGCAACAACAGCUAUCGCAGGCGGCUGCACUGCAUCUGCAACAGCAACACCAGCAGCAGCAACAACUGUCGCCGCCGAUAACGCCGACACACACGCCCACACUUCAUCGCCAGGACACGCCGCCCAAGUGCACGGCCAACGGUGCCGGUGGCGGUGGCGUCGCCAUAACGAAAAGUGAAUAAUUGUAGUCAGCGGUUCCCAAAUGUACUCAAAGCAGCAAAUAAGUGAAAUUUUAAUAUUAUAAUAAGUGAAAUGAUAAAAGCAAUAGAAAGUAUUGGUGGAAGCUGCCGCGCAAGGUUAGAUUUACUUAUGUAUAUACAUAUUUAUCUAGUUAUGAUAACACUAGUAGUUAGUAGUAGCUCAUAACAAAAGUAGUUUAGUGUUACUUAAUUACAAGUAGUCGUAAAAUCGUAUUUAAAAUUUAAGUACAUACAUAUAUGUUUAGUUAUAAGCGCCCGCACAAACUUUUAGUACUAAGCUACAACUGUUGAAGGAACACUUUAGACACUUCGAGAUUAUACAGAAUUGAAUAUUUCGAAAGGAAAAAUUCUCUGAAAGCUGAAACACUGACGCCACAAGUAACAUUUAUUUCUUUAAACUAUUUAAUUUAUUUGACUUAAUAUUUUUGAUAUUUAUUUUAUUUAUGCUUAUUCCUUCUCUUUCAUCCUGCUUACACUUAAAUGACUUAAAACUAUAAUAUGUACAUAUAUAUAAUAUAAACUAUAUUUUCGCUUCUAAAUACAUGUAUGCAAUACGAAUUUGCAUCGGCAGAGGUCUACUUUUCUAGAAUCUAACUUACUUUCUUAGAUUUUUAACUUUGUUUUCAUAACUAUCAUUUGCUCAAACAAAUCUACUGCCGGUCCAGAGUUGAUAUCUCUAAAAUCACAUUUUUCAUGUUGCAAUUGCACCAAGGUGUAAUACCGUAUGCCAGUUUUUUUCUCCAUUUCUCGAAGAAUUUUUGAUGAAGAUCAAAAGAAUAUCGUCAACCUGCCCUUUUGAUUUGUCUAUUGUUUCGGAAUAGCAUUGUUUUAGUCACAUUUUUAGUGUCCCUAUAUCUGAUUUUGUGAUAUGACAAAAAACUUAAAAUCGAAUUGAUCACAUGUCAUGUUCGGUAAAUGGAAAUACGUUUACUAACUCUGUACCUGGCGAAUGAGAUGCAGAUUUUCGACUUUCGGUAUGAUACUUCUAUUCUUUCUUAAUCGACAAGCUUUUUUAUCGUCAUGCCAGAAUGUAGGCAAUACUUUUCUACAGUCAUAGAGAGUUUAUGUAUAUCUUAUACAUCCUAUACUGGAAUUUACAGUGGCUUCACUUAGUUCAAAAUACAUAUAUAAUUUUAGUCUACUAGCAGUCACUUCAACGCAAUUAUAGGUGUUCUGACUGGAGACUGUCUAAAAGGUUUUUGCCAAAUUUGUAUAGAGGAAGGCGAGGUGGACUCAUCUUGUCACUUCCUCCUCUACUGCCUGGCUUUUGCCAGACUGAGAUUGAAAUAUCUCGAUAUAGACAUCUUGGGCGAACUUAGCAAUAUGACUGGGAUUGACAUUAGCUGCUGUAUUAAAUUUGUGGUGAGCUUAAAACGCUUCGUCGAUUUAUAACGAUCUGCUGAUCCACUUUUUAUGAGUUUAUGAGUAACACAUAAGACGAAUAUAUGCCCAAGUGAGAUCGAUUGCGGAUCAAAUCUACGACCUAACCUAACCAAUCUUAGCAGUCUUUUCUUUGUAGCUAACCUUCCAUUAAAAUAUGAAUAUGGGACAAAAUUUUAUAAAAAUCUAUCAGAUUAACUCUAAAGUGUUGAAACUGAGUCCUUUUUUCCAAUUUUAGUAUUACUACUCUUACAUCUCUCUAAUUAACUACAUUCAUUAAUUUUGUAUAAAAGGUUUACUAUUUUUUGAGAAAUACUUGUUCUAAUAGAAAGCAUCAGAAAACUAUGUUAUGAGAUUUGAAACCUGAUAAUAUCUAUGGGAUAAGAGCGAAAGCGUUUUAUAAAAAAAUGCGAUAGGAGAUAGCAGAUCAAGUCUAUCAUUUUAUCAAAUUUGUAUUUGUAUUUUGACAAAAUAUUUUCAUUUCGAAAUACAAUCCACUCGUAGUCACAUAUAUAAAAUUCGAAAAGGUUUCGAGGAAAGAGCUAAAUAUAAUAAAAAUAUUUGCUUAGUGAUGACAUUGAUAUUUCCAAAAAACAUUUUAGUAAAAUAUUUGGUAUGAAUUUUUUAAUGCGAAGUUGGAUAUCAAAAUAUCUACCAGUAUGUUUUUGAGAAACUUUAAUGUUCACUGGACAAUUUUCAUUUAUGAUAUGAUUCCGGUCACUUUUCGAUGGUAGCCUCAUUUAAGGGGUUUCAUGUGUUUCACGGCUUUAAAGGAGGUUGAAAAGCUUCAAUGUUCAGUAGAAAAUUUUCAUCUGUGGUAUGAUUUCUGUCUGUUUUCGAUGGCAGCCUUAUUUAAGGGAGUACAUGGGUUUCAUGUUUUCUUUUUAUCUUAUUAAAUUCAAUAACAUCUCAUACAUAUUGUCCGAAAUUCUCAAGUUUUUCAGAGUAAUAGUUUUGGAGAUACAACCUUGAAAAGAGGCGCACUCGCGGUGUGCUACAUACAUAUAUAUUCAAUUAAAACUUUAAAGGCGCUUUUCUUGAAACUGUUUUCACAGAGUUAGGAGGUGAUUUGUAGACAAAUGAUUUUAAGAAAAACGUUCUUUACUGUUAUGGCAACAUUUCGAAAUUUUCGAUUAUUUUUUGUUCCACAAAAACCUUUCAAAUUCUUUCAUAACAAAAAGCGUUAGAUAAACAUCUUGCGGUUUGAGGAAACAGCCGUCAAAAACACACCACUUUUUUCAUAAGAGGUUUUAUCAAGCUCCUAAGAAGAUUAUACUGUUAUUGCUUAUAUACAAACAAAACAUCAUACUUUUAAUGAAAUUUGCUUUAAAAAUGUUAUCCUUUUCCCAAAUUUUUUUAUUGUUUUUUAUGAUAAUGUUAUAAAUGCUUGCCCAAGAACCAUUUUCUACAAAUUUCAAUGUGAAACUAGCAAACAAUGCAGCUGCAAUAAGCAUUACAAAUUCAAUAACAUUAUUUUUCUUUAUUUGUUUCAUUUGUUUUGUUUUGUUUUUUGUACGUUAAUUGGAAUUUAUUUUGCCUGUUCAACAAUAGCACACCUCAGCACUAUAAAGAACAAUACUUUUACUUUUAUUAAUUUUGUUUUUGUGUUAACAAGUGGCGUCAAUAGAAAACACAAUAAGAAAACAGUAAUCACUUAGUGGAAAGUAAUCACUUGCUUUAGAAUCAGAACACGAUUCUCACCACACCAACAAUGAGGCGCAUGCAAAUGAGUGACAUUAUUAUUACACAGCAUUGUACUCUGGUAAAGCGAAGAAAAACGAAAAAAUA